AUGUGGACACUUAUACUCGUCUUGUCCAGUCUAUUCCCAGCUGUAACUGCUGCUGUAACUACAGUAACUGGAUACAAGGGCCGUUCAGUUCAGAUCAGAUGCCCCUAUAAGUCUGGAUAUGAAACCCACAUGAAGUACCUCUGCAGAGGAGAGUGUUAUACUUUCUGGACUAAAGACAUCCCUGUUGAUUCUAAAACUGCUAAAGAUGAGAGAUUCUCUCUGAAUGAUGACACAGCAGCCAGAGUCUUCACUGUUACCAUCACUGAUCUGAGAUCUGAGGAUGGAGGAAAAUACUGGUGUGCGACACAGCAGACACUGCAUGAUGACUACACAGAGAUUCUGUUAGUGGUUAAAGUGGACACACCUAUGAAUGUUAUUGUCUCACACUCCACCUACACCCCUCCAACACCUGAUCCCAGCACAUCGGUGUAUACUGAGUCCACAUGGUCAUCUGGAGACCCAGAGACAGUAACACAGUCUAGAGAGAUAAAUGAAGAUUAUGUAAACAUCUCACCAAAUUUUGCUUUUGAAAAUAACCAACCAGAGUCUGUCUAUCAGAAUUUUGGCCUCAAAAAUAAUCAUUAAGAUUCCGUAUAAUAAGUCUGAGCCCAGAGACUAACCACAAUCAACUUAGUCUAAAGAAGAUUGAUCAUUUAGUUAAAAGCUUCAGAGGUGUCUUACAUUUACCAGCUCACUACUGUUCACCUGUGUAACUGAUUACCUGUGUAACUGAUCAUCUGUAUACCUGUACAUGUUGUUUCGUUAACUGAUUUAUGUAAGCAUUGCGUAACUCUACUUAAUUAGAAAAGUAAUUACAUUACAGCAAUACAACCUAUUACAUUUACCACAGUGGUCUCUGUAUAGAGAGGUAAAGUAUUAAAAUUAAACAAAUAACAGACAGUAUGAUUUUGUUCAGUAUAAAUCAAAAUGACAGUGCUUAUCACCAUGGUCAGCUCCAACAACACUGACCCAGACAACACAACUAAUUCCAUCUUUGACUCAAUAUUCGAUCAGCCUGUGUACAAGGAAGAAUUUAGGACCCUGAUCCAGAAUCCCUCACAUUAAUAAUAUGUAAUGUGUUCAGUGUUUGUUGAAGCUUCUGGAGCAUGCAGUAGAUUAAAGGGUAACAGCUCACACUGAAAGAGUGACGGACCACACGCCACAGGAAGUGGUGUGCCAUGCUCUUUGGAAAAGUAAUUAAUAAUAUUAGUCAGAGAAUAGGAAGUGGUAAAGACAAAGUGCACAUAAUGUGUAAAGUACAUAUAAUAUAUAGACAAACAUACACAUAGUGUUUAAAGUACACAUAUAUAUAUAUAUAUAUAUAUAUAUAAAUGUUCACAUUAUGUUUAAAGUGCAUAUGAUAUAUAGACAAACUUACACGUAAUGUAUGUACUCUUCAAUGUAAAAUAAUGUUGGUUGAAACCAAAUGUUCCCCUUAAAUAAUAUAAACAGCAAAAUGUUAAGGUUUAGUUUAUGUACUUGAGUUAGGGGAGCUUACACUGUUGCUGAUUAAUGUCCCCAUGUGCUAAACAGAGGCAAUAGUGCCAUCUAGUGGAAAUGUUCUGAAAAUUAAAACCCUGUUCUCCUGCAGCAGGGUGCAACCUAGUGAUGUAUAAUAAACACACGAGUGUUCAGAUUGAA